AGAGGAAGAAAGAAAUGCUCGCAUCCCAUCAUUUCAUUUCAUCUCUUUACUUCUUCAUCUUCUUUUUCUGCUUCUGUUCUCUUUCACUAUCCAACUCUGAUUUUAAUGCUUUACUAUCCUUCAAAGCCUCCUUAUCUGACCCUAACAGCUCUCUUUCUUCCUGGCUCAAUUCAACUCAACCCUGUUCUGACUCAUGGUUCGGUGUCACCUGCAACCCCGCCACUAACCGAGUCACUAAACUUGUUCUGGAGAAUUUAAACCUCACUGGUUCGGUUCAGCCACUCAACCAACUCACUCAUCUCAGACUCCUCAGCCUCAAGAAUAAUUCCUUUUGUUCCUCAAACUUGAACCUUUCUUCAUGGCCUCAUAUAAAGAACAUCUACCUCUCUCACAACCAAUUCCGCGGCAUAUUCCCUUCCGGAGUAUCCAAUAUCCGCCGCCUCCAUAGACUUGAUUUGUCGUACAAUCUUUUCACCGGUGAAAUCCCGAUGAGCGAGUUGACUCGCUUGCCGACUUUGUUGACUCUGCGGCUCGAGGAAAAUUCCUUCACCGGAACUCUCGACUCAGCUAACUCAAGUUCUCUAUCGCUUUUGGAUUUUAAUGUUUCAAAGAACAAACUGUCCGGUGAGAUUCCGUCGUGGAUGUCAAGUUUUCCGAUGAGUUCAUUCGGCGGGAACGAAAAUCUCUGCGGUCGGCCUUUGGCAUCGAAUUGCUCAAAUCGGCCGGCAGAGUCUGUGCCACUACGAUCAAGCUCAAGGAGAUUGAGAGCUAUAAUAGUGUUGGUAAUCGUUCUAUUCGACGUGGUGGCGAUCGUAGCUGCCGUCGUGACAAUCACGUGGUGUUGUUACAAGAGAAAAAGAAACCGUUGGGGUGGUGGACCCCACAACGAAAUGCAGAUGAAGCAUGGGACCCACCACAACCGUAACGGCAAAUACGGUGGUGAAGAAGAAGAUGAAAUGGUGGUGUUUGAGGGGUGUCAUAAGGGUUUUACGAAGGUUGGCGAUUUGUUAAAAGCAUCAGCCGAAUUGUUAGGAAAAGGGUGUGUGGGGACCACUUAUAAGGUUGUGAUGGAGGGUGGUGAUGUGGUGGUUGUCAAGAGGAUGAGAGAAAGGAAGAAGAAGAAGGAGGUUGAUGAGUGGCUUAGUGUGAUUGGUGGGUUGAGACACUGUAAUAUUGUGAACCUCAGAGCAUAUUUUAACGCCAAGGAAGAAUUACUUCUGGUCUAUGAUUUUCUACCAAACGGAAGCCUGCAGUCUCUCUUGCAUGGAGAUAGAGGACCGGGAAGGACUCCAUUAGAUUGGACUACAAGGUUAAAACUAGCUUCUGAUUCUGCAAAAGGCCUAGCUUUUCUUCAUGGUUACGACAAAAUCAAGCUUUUUCAUGGGCAUCUCUCAUCAUCUAAUAUUGUCGUUGAUCGGCUGGGCAAUGCAUGUAUUUCUGACAUUAGUGUCCACCAACUUUUGCCUUCACCCCUUUUAAUAAACAAUGCCUAUAAAGCCCCAGAGGUGAAGCCUAACAACAGCAGCAACUGGAGCCAAAGAAAAUAUACGCAGAAAUGUGAUGUUUAUAGCUUUGGGGUGGUAUUGUUGGAGAUGUUGACUGGGAAAAUGGCGACGGGAGAUGGAGAAUCGAGUAUAGUGUUGUGGGCGCAAAGGGCGGCUGCAGAAGAGGAUUCAUGGGAGGUGUUUGAUUUCGAGUUAAUAAGAGACAAAGAGAUGGAGGAGGAAAUGCGGGCUCUCUUGCAGCUUGCUCUGCUCUGCUUAGCUCCAUUACCAAGAAAUCGUCCCAAGAUGAGUUUGGUGCAUAGGAUAAUUGAAGAUAUUAGGACAAAAGGUUCAAUUGAUGGCGGGAAUUCAUUCAUGAAUAAUCUUUCUUCGGAUUCUUCCCCUUCUCUGUCUGAAACCGUCGUUAAUUAACUUCACUAGAUAGCAAUGAAAUUGAGGGCAGUUGAUAGGAACCCAGCUGGAGGAGUGGCUGUGGAGGAUGGAGAUGCAGGAAGAUAUCCUGCAAGGGCUCGGCAAAGCUCCUGCAUGGACGAAGGAUUAUCGCAUGGGGCGUUGAGCAGUAGAGUUAUUUUAUGUUAUUGUCAUUAGUUUUGGGUGAUUGAUGUUAUUCUCCUUUAUUUUGGGCAUUAGUUGGAUUAUUAAGACUUUACAUUUUUAAGGUUAUUUAUAUUGCUUGAUGAUAAUAAAAGAGGCAUAAAAGAUUUAUCGCAACUCUCCUUCCUCUCUCUCUCUCUCUCUCAAUUGCUUGGGAGGUACUACUCCCUCAUAUAGAGUAGAUUAUCCCAUCAGCAGUGAUUUCAAUAAAUUUAUCGACAGGGUGAGUGAAUCCAAGAGAUGUAAUACUAUGGAUGUCUAUUAUAUAGUUCUAUAUAUAUUAUUAUAGCAUUCAGAAUUAAAUGCAUUGAGAAGGUCUUCAA